CAUCUCCAAUAAUUGAAUUCCAUCUCCACCUCCUCCUCCUCCUUCUUCUUCUUCUUCUUCCUCUUCCUCUUCCUCUCUGUACUCUUGCUGUCAAUCCCCCAUUGUUAAAUCUAAAACCCUAAUUCUUCAAUCAAACUCCUUCCUUCCAUUCCUCCAUUUCCCACUAAGAUCUUCCUUCAUUCAACUCAUCACCAUGUUCCCCCCUUCCUCCAUGCUUUUCCUCUGGUUCUCCUUCCUUUACUUCACCUCUUCAAUGGCGGAUCCUCAUGCUCUGAACUACUACUCACCUUCGAGCUCUAUUUACGAUGUGUUAUUGGCUCAUGGCCUCCCCAAAGGCUUACUCCCAAAGGGUGUCAGGGAUUACGAAUUCAAUGUCGAUACUGGGAGAUUUCUUGUGUUUUUGGAUCGGGAGUGUAAUGCGAUGUUCGAAAAUCAACUGCAUUACGAGACUAAUGUUUCUGGAACUUUGAGUUAUGGUAAGAUCGCCGCCUUAUCUGGGAUUUCGGCGCAGGAUCUGUUCUUGUGGUUUCCUGUUAAGGGUAUUCGUGUUGAUGUUCCUAGCUCUGGCGUUAUUUAUUUCGAUGUUGGUGUUGUUUACAAGCAAUUCUCUCAAUCUCUCUUCGAAACCCCACCUGUUUGUGUCCCUAAUUCCAAGAAUCAACACAGGAAGAUUGGGAAUGGGAAUCAAUUUGUUGAGUUAGAUUCAGUGAAAAUGGCUUGAAAUAGCCAUUGAAACAAUGGGGGAAAAAGAAAAGGCUCAAAGGAGGAAUCUCUAUUGGGUGGUAAUGAAUCUUCAUUGUAUAUGUCAUCAAAGCAUAUAUUAUUAGCAUCUGCUAUAUGGUUCUUUACACAGUGUGUGCUUGAACUAUCUCAUCAUCAUCAUUGGGAGCAGAGAGAGUCAGAGUAUGGGAAUUUGUUGAGCAACUUCUGGUUUGUGUGAUGGAAAGAAGUAUGAAGGGGAAGAAGAACAUUUGGUUCAUUCAGAGAUUUUUUUUUGUUAGAGGGGAAGGAGAUUGCAGAAAGGUAGGUGGAGUUUCAGGUGAAAAAAUCUACACAUUUCUAUUCAAUAAUCUUUAGAAAUUUUGGUGUAUUGUGAAUAUUAUCAUCAUUAUCAUUAUUAUUAUAAUUAUUAUUGUUGUUGUUAUUAUUAC